AUGAGUGAAUACUGUCCUGUCUAUGCUCCUUUCUUUGGCACUAUGGGUUGUGCUGCUGCUAUUGUCUUUAGCUGUCUCGGCGCUGCCUAUGGCACUGCUAAGUCUGGUGUCGGCCUUUCUGCUAUGGGUGUCUUGCGUCCCGAUUUACUCGUGAAGUGUAUUGUCCCUGUUGUCAUGGCUGGUAUCUUGGGUAUUUAUGGUGUUGUCGUUUCUGUACUCUUAUCUGGUGGCCUUGCUAUGAAGCAAACUCUUUUUAGCGGUUUCGUUCAAAUGGCUGCUGGUCUUUCUGUUGGUCUUUCUUGUCUUGCCGCUGGUAUUGCCAUUGGUAUCACUGGUGACGCUGGUGUACGUGCAACUGCUCAACAACCCAGAAUGUUUGUCGGCAUGAUCUUGAUCUUGAUUUUCGCCGAAGUUUUGGGCCUUUAUGGUCUUAUUGUUGCUUUAAUCUUGAAUACCAAGGCCUCUGGUGCUGACAGUGUUUGCCAGUAA